GCACCGCGACGCCAUCUGGCAGUCCGUGUCAUUGUUCAUCGGGUGACCAGAGCUUGUCUCCCUAGUGCACUUAGUGACGCAAUUCUCGCCUUCCCCGGACACUCCGAGCACCCAAGAGCAGCCUGUUAAUAGUGUAAGGCUGUUGGUCGACAUGAUGGUUCUAUCGGCGGUGACGGCGGCGGCGGCGGCGUUCUGAUGGCGGCGGACGACUGCCCAGGGAAGGAGGGAGAACCACGCGGAGGAGGAGGAGGAGGAGGGGCCAGGAGGAGGAGGAGGCGGAGGAGGGAGGAGGAGGAGGAGGGAUGGAGGUGGAGGAGCAGGAGUACGGGGAGACGGGGGGGUCGGGGGUGAUGGUGUCCAACCUCCCCCUGCUCUUCUCCCGCGGCAGCCCCUCCGCCCUCUUUGAUAUGAGCCAGGGCGAGCUGGAGGUGUUCGUCCCCUUCAUGGUGAGGUGCAGCGUGGGGGAGGAGCGGCCCGUCCCUUGGUCCCAUCUACCGAGGCCCGCGUGGUGGCCCAAGAAACUACCCUUCAGGAUGCCCCCCUCAAGGAAUUCACUGAUCGGGUUGGUCCAGCGCUGUUACUCCUUCCACGGCUGUGACUACCUGCUUCAGUUCUGUGCCUCCCUGGUGGCUCAGAUGCCCCCCGCCGGAUACAGGUUUAACGACAACAGGGACGGCACCACCUCCAUGUACCACGGGACCACGGGGAAGCUGCUCGUAACCUUUAGGAACGAGAACAGGGACUAUGACAAGUACCGCCAUGAUGGGAAGGGCCGGGACGCCACCAAGAAGCUGCUCCUGUCCCCCAGCGCCCAUUCUGGAGGCGGUGGGGGCAGCGGGGGCGUCGGGGGGGGCUCCACGGCUAUGAUCCAGCCGGACAUAUACCUCUGCGACAAGUGCGAGAAUAAUUUUUAUUCGCUCAAAGAAGCCCAGGCCCACGAGCGGCAGUGUUGUGGAGAGGUGCCCCCCAGCCCCCCCAGCCCCCCCACCCCCUCCCCGGAGCCUGAGGUGGCCGAGGAGGAGCCUGAAGCGGCGGGACAGGUCCCCUUCCUGGACUACUUCAACCUGCGGCCUGCCCAACACACCGGCCUGCAGCCCUACAUGUCACCGCGCAAGAAGAGUGUGUCCUCCGCGCCGCCCGCCAAGCUGCCCGGGCCUAUCUACCCGCGCUACGACUCCAUCGCCCUCGCCUCGCCCCUGGGAAGGUACCUCUUCACACACUCUAAGUUCCGCAACAAGUACCAGGCCAGCCAGCACUCCGUCAUGCGCUACGAGAGGCACCUCCACGCGACGCCCAACACCGAUGUCAACUUCCGGGAAAGGUGUACCAGUAGGUGGAUCGUGGUGUGGCGGGGCCGAAAGGAGCAGCAGACAUGGGUCCACCUCUACUCCUUCAACCAGGCCCAGCGGCAGGAGCGGAUGAUCACCAUAAAGACAGGACUGAACAAGGAGAGCCGCCGGCUGCUGAGGCUGUGUCGGCCGCUGUCAGUGCAUGUCAAGCGGCUGCCCAAGAGGACAGUGGACCGCCUCAAGCGUCUGGGUGGCCCCACCUCGGCCCCAUGCAUCGACCUGACAGAUGAACAACACCAGGAGGUCGGCCGCAUGUUCCCCAGCGCCUUCAACUCCGGCCUGGCCUGCUGGCCGGGGCUCGGCACCUCCGGCCAGCAGUCCAAUGUGCAGCUGCAGUGGCUGCCGGGGCUGCCUCCGGCCACCAGCGUGUGUCUGCCAGGCAGCAGCGGCCUUCCCCCGCAAAUCACAGCCCAGGUUGGCCUGACGGGGCUCACCGUGGCUCCCCAAACCUCCUUCAACUUCAUUCCCUUCAUGCCGGGCAGCGCCCAGCAGCCCCAGGUGCCGACCUUCACGCUGCAGGCAACACCCCGGCCGCUGGCAACCAACAAUAGUCACUUCAGGGCCCCAGGCCGCGGCCCGGUGCGGCAAGAUGGGGCGGGGCCGGCGCCCAGCCUCCCCCUGCCAGCAGAUGUGUCCCUCAUCCCCAUCAGGGCGCCGGUGCCCACACGCAGCCAGCUGGAGGCAGACCUCAUGAAGCCGCGGUCCAGGAAGAAGUUCCCAAGCCACGACCUGCUGGCCUCCAACCUGCUGCAGCCCAGGAAGCAGCAGCCCCAGCAGCAGCAGCAGCAGCAGCAGCAGCAGCAGGACGGCAGCCAGAUGGCCCUGGCCUUCCCGCCCCAGCAGCCCCAGGCCCCUCAGUGGGAGGUGGUGGCGCCCCCGGCCAGCAGUGGCAGGGCCGGCCUGACCCACACCCUCACCAGCUCUUCCAUUGAGAUCAUCGACCUGUCCAGCGACGAGGACGACUUCGGGCGCGGCGGUGGCCAGGGCCGGACGGAGGCGGCCAACGCCCCGCAGCAGCUGGACGGGCUGGCCUGCUACCCCCACACAGGGGCCAAGGUGCCCACCGAGGCCGCGGAAUAUUACUCCUCGUCAAAAAAUGGGAAUAGCCAUUGGUCGUCUCAACAAAAGUCUCACUGUGGAGCCGGACGCGUAGGAGACUUGGCGACCAAUGGCCAGCCUCCAAACGUCCUGCCCAGCACCCCCUCCCCCCACCCUGCCCCCUGCCCCCAGGGGCCCCACGUCAAGGGCAACAGCCGUAAGCGAAAAGGUGAGGAAGAGCCGCCCCGGCCCUGGGGCAAGACCAUCAUCCUGGACAUCUCCGCCCAGGGGGUUACCGUCUCUGAGGAGCGCCGCUCCCUCACCCUGGGGGGUUCAGAGUUCUGCCCGUCCCAGCGGGCAGUCUGGGGGACUUCCCUGGGGGCGGCGGCCCCCCCAGUGCCCCUCCCGUGUCCCAGCCAGGCCGAGGCACACACGCCCCACGCCGCCAAGAGUUCAAACUCGCUGGUGGUGGAUGAGGAAGUCAGCUUCAAGACGCCCUUCCAAAUAGACGAAGACAUUUCUUUCAGCGUCCCCCAGGUGGGGCCCCAGGAGUCUGGGCGCCUCACCCACAGGAACACCCCUGACAGUCCCCCUGGCACACCCCCAGAAGACCCCUCCCAGCCAGCGGGGCAGAGCGCCACCUUCUUGGCCAGCCUCUUGACCCGGGGCGUGGCGCUCAUCAGGUCCCUGGUGGCCGGCAAGGACGGCAUGGCAGCGGCAGCAGAAGCGCCGGACACUGGGAGCCACGCCGCCCGGGAGUCCCAGCGGCAGCCACGGCACUGUGGCACUGCUGUUGCUGCUGGUGCCGGCUCCCCCAAGAGGGCGUCGGAGAUCCAGCUGCUGCUGCAGGACGAGUGCCGCGAGCUGCAGCGUGGCGGCCUGGGGGAGCUGAGUCACCUGGACACCCAGGGCGUCAGGCUCACCCGGCGGGCGGUGGGGCACAUCAUGCCCUGGCAGCCCUCAAGGAAGACCUUCACCCCCCGCCGCUGCGAGAACCACCCACCACACCGCCACAGCGCCAAAGCCCGGCGGGAGGAGAGGCGCAGCAGCUGCAAGGCUGUCGUUAGUCAGGCCGUCUUUGGCCUCAAGGCCGCCACCCUCGGGAUUGAUGAAAAUGGUAACUCUGCCUCCUAUGUGGAGGCAGGACCAAAGCAGCAGCAGCAGCAGCAGUGGGCAGCCAGGGAGUGCCCGGGCCUGCCCUGCAUCCCCACGUGUGUCAACAACAACCAGAAGCUUGGUGGAGGUGGUGGUGGUGGCAGUGUCCUCAUUAAAAGUACAGUGUUUAGUGAUAUUAGCCUCAGACGCUGUGAAGCCGCCGAAAACAGCCAUCACUGUGCGUGGCCGCCGGCGGGUGGUGCGGGGACGGUGGCAGGCAGGGUGGAGUGUAGGGUGAGUGGUCAGGGUGUGACGGAAGCAGAGAGUCCUAAGGUGGGUGUUAGGAGUGAGAAGAAAGACUCGUUGACCUGCAGUGCUAAAGUGACCUUGGAACAGACAAAAGACCUGGCUCAGGGCAGGGACAGAGUGGCGGGCGGGGCCAUGGCCAACCCUCCCUGGGACACCAGCCCCACUAAGAGGCCAGUCAGCUCACAUGGCCCCGCCAAGAAUGUCCUCCUCGCCCGUGGCCAGACCCUGCCCCUGGGCCGACCGGAGCUGACGGGGGAGACGGCCGAGGAGCACGGCGCCCAGCAGGCCCAGUGCCCCCCGCCAGACAGACCGGGGCCCUCCCUGGCCGGAUCCACCACCCCGCCGGGCACCCCCUCCCCCAGCAAGCCCCGGCUGUCACUCCUCAACUCCCUCAGGAAGGGCCAGUCGUCCUCCGGCCACGGCCAGCACGGCAGCACGUGCAGCCCCCCAGAGCAGAGCCCCAGGCCUGUCCUUAGCCCCCUGGGCAAGCCCCUCAGUACAAACAAGAAGAAGAGGAGCAAGCUGAGCCGGGAGCUGUCCAGCCUCAGCUGUGAUGAGUGGAAGGAGAUCCGUGGGACAGGCUUCCACCCCUCGGACCUGCUGGGCUGCGAGGGUGUCAAGUAUCUCAGCUCCGAUGAUGAGGAGGUGCUGGGGCCCCCCUCCCGCAGCCCCUCCCCACCAGGACACAAACAGCAACCACUGGAGUCCAGGAUGCCGUCGCCAGCCCCCAAAGUGAGCCGGGAGGUGGCGCGGCUGCUGGAAGAUGAGUGCAAGGAGCUGUGCGGCACGGCAGGGCGGCCGGCCAGGAGCCCCCGGGACAGGGACAGGAGGAGGGUGCCCAGCAUGCACCCACUGGCUGGCCUGGCGGGGCUGCAGCAAGACAACGUGGACCCCCUUGAUGCAGGAGGCGGCGGCAGCGGUGGCGGCCGGUGCAGCACGCGCUCCCAGGUGAACACGCAGCCCCUGGUGGAGGUGUUCACGCCCCGUGACACUCACCGCCACCUCCUGCGCUCUGAGGUGGCCAUGUGUGUGCUGAACUACAUGUUACCAAAUAUUCACUAAGUCUGCAGGAGGAGGAAGGGAGGAGUUGACAAAACUCAGGCAGGAUCUUCACUGUCUUUCAGUUUCUUUCUGUUCUUUCGUUCACCGGACAUAGAGAAGUACCAGCCUGUCGCCGUCUGUGGCACACAGUUGCCACGCAGUGCACAGCUGCUGCCCGGGAGUGGCUUGAGGGCUGGGUGCGGGCCAGUGUCUGGUGGUGACUCAUGGCUGGUUGGGAUGGGCUGUCAGGGCUGGGGAAGUGUAUUGAAGGCAACAUGGCUGGGGUGACAGGAUGGCUGACAUACCACUGAGGUGAUGACACAUUCACUCGUGGUCUGGGCAGCAGGCUUGGCCAGUGCUGUGUCCAGUCUCACGGGCCCGAGGCCACACCAGUGCUUCUCAACAAUAUUCAGUAUUUUAAAUAGAAUCAAUUUAUUUCCUCACCCUCCACACACUUGAGGUGCACCUCACCAGGAGUGGCUGGCAGCCAUGUGGCCUUCGGGGUCACACAGGACACAUGUUGAUCAGUUUCUCCCGCUGGAGCGGAGGAGGAGCCGCGCUGCAGCAGCACCAGACGCCCGGAGUGUCGGGGCGUCUGUGUGCAGCUUUGUAAAUAGUUGUUUUAAAUGCUUCAGUAUAAAUGAGCCUCAGAACAAAAUGAUUUGGAUGCAUUUGUUACUUUGCACAGCAGCGUGUGCUCCACUCCUGUGUCAGAACCUCCGGUGUGUGCCACACUGCCAGUCGUCCCAGUUGGGGGUUACACACCACACCUGGUGUGGAACACUGCCAGACACUGCUCUCAUCUCAUCCAGGGAGGGGUGUCGGUCCUCUGCCACACACAAAGCCGCAGCAGCACAGCCCAGAGGGAACAGUGUCUGGCAUCACUGAGGUGCAAGGGAAGGCCCACUCACCCAGGCCGUGUUACGGGCCAUCAAAAAUCAGGAAAUAAUUUGGCUCAAAAAUUUUCAUACAGAUACAAUUGACAAAAUAGUAUUUGCCUUGACACAUCAGCCAAACACCAGGUCCGGCCAACUGGCCCGUGGGACGGGAUUGACAGUCCCUGGGCGGCGGCCCGGCCCACGGUGGGCAGGAGGCAGCGUGCAGGUGUCCACAGCCUCGGCUCUGCCCUCCACCGACCGUGGCGGCGUCAGCAGCAACGGACUGACUCGUGUUCACGCGUAGGUCAGCUCAGCUCUUCAUUGACCCUUGAAGGUGACCAGGAUGGUUUUGUGCCUUAAACCAGGACAAAAUUUGUAUUGGCCGAUUUGUUUUGUCCCACCAGUGCAUUACCAGCGACAGUGACAUGUCUUCAGGCAAGGAGACGAAAUAUGCUGAUGAAAAACCUAGUUUGCAAAGCUCUGUGAUUGGUCCCCCAUGUUGCCCAGAUCAGCAGCAGCCCCGAGCAGUGCUGCACCGUUGCCUCUGCGCUGCGGCGUGGGAGGCAGCUGUGGCCGCAGGUCAGGGGACAGCUGUGUGGACGCCUCUUCUUAAACUGCAUGAACAAAACAUGCGACAAACAGCAAAUUAAAACACUUCAAUAUCAAAAAAUGUUGUCUGCAUGAAUGUUUAGCUGAACUCUGUAACUGCUGCUGUUUAGACACUGGCUGUCUACAGACUGUCCCUCACCAAGCUUGUAGGUAUUACAGUAGACACAAGAUGGUUGUACCUCAGAUGGUGCUCUUUGCCUCGAGUGGACACACACACUGACAUGCCUCAUUCAGAGCUCUGGUGGUGAGGCUGAUGGGCAGGUAUUUUCCCUGCAAGAAGCUGUGGAACACAAAUGACUAUAAAACAUCAAUACAGGUAAUGGAUUAAUACAACACAAACCUGGGACUGAUUUUAUUGAAGAUUCAACUUUAUGGAAACAACUCGUAUUGUUCUGCUCAGCUCGUGUGUGUGUUAUCCUCGAGGCAAUCCGCAUCAUUCUGAAACAAGACAGGGUGUGGAUUAGAUGGUGUGGAGGUGUACAUGGGGAUCAUUUCCAUUAAUUAUGUGUUUUAGUUACAUUCUUAAUCCCAACUUCAUGUUUACGACUUCCCUGAAUUGUGAACAAGCUAAGCAUCGCCUUCAAGUUUAUUCUUUUCAUCGUCAUCUGGGCAUAGUUUGGAUUUUCCAACCAGGAGUUCUGCAGACAAUAUUUUUAUUUAAUAAUAAUAAGUCAUGUAUACAUAUUGUUUUUUUUUUACAAUGAGGAAAUACUCAUGAAUGUAGAGGAACAAGUAAAGUUGUCAUAACAGAGAACAGUGUGUGUGAGGCAGCCAUGGUGUGUGUCCCGGGCAAGGCGUUAUGAUGCAUGCUAACGUUAAGUCUCUCACACAGACGUUAUCCCCUGCAGUAGUGUCUUGUGGUGUCCGGUGAGUCAUCUCUAGGUCACCACUGACUAUGUAAAAUCAACGCCACCAAUUUCUGACAUCUUAAAGUAUAGAAGCUUAAAUACUUAUGGCUAACAAGCUUACUACUACCCACAAACAGACCUACAUCAAUAUCAGAUAAGCCUAAAUCAAUAACACAAGCCUACAUUAAUAUAAACCUACAUCAAUAAUAACAUAGAAAGAAAAAGAUUGAGAGCCUUGACGAACAAUUUUUCCAGUCAAUUCUCAAGUUAAUCAAUUUCUAUCCCGAGAGAAUCAACGAAAGUAAGUUAACGUAUCACUCGCCAAGCCUCCAGACACUGCCGAAGGGAAUAACUGUGUGGCGAGAGGUGACGACAGGCAGGUAGAUGAUAAGGUCCUGGAGGCAUUAGGGAGAGAGGGAGGGGGAGGGGGAGAGGGAGUAAUAGCAUGCUGGGAAGUUAAGGAUAAAAGGGGUAACUGUAAGAAAAUGAGAACAAGGCAAACCGUUGAUUUGGGAGACGAGCCGAGAUUGUAAAUAGCAACUUAUCACAUUUCCUGUUCUAUUUUAUUACAUCCCAAGACUUUAUGUAGGUGAUAAAAGACAUUCACGCUCCGCAAACCAGGAUUUCACAACUUAUAUGAAUCAUUUAAUUUAUAUUUUCCCUGCUCUUCCUUUCGCCACCUCUUCCUACACACACACACACUGACGCACUACAAACCUUCCUCUCCUUUUACAAACACAUCCUUUCCUUCCUUUCCAUUUUCCAAACUCAUAUUUUUUCCCUGCUCUCCCUUUUACAAGUUCUUCCUACACACACACACACACUGACGCACUUCAAACCUUCCUCUCCUUUUACAUUUUCUGAACUCAUAUUUUUUCCCUGCUCUCCGUUUUACCACCUCUUAUUACAAACCUUCCUCUCCUUUUACAUUUUCUGAACUCGUAUUUUUUCCCUGCUCUCCGUUUUACCACCUCUUAUUACAAACCUUCCUCUCCUUUUACAUUUUCUGAACUCAUAUUUUUUCCCUGCUCUCCGUUUUACAACCUCUUCCUACACACACACACACACACACACACACACACUGAUGCACUACAAACCUUCCUCUCCUUUUACAUUUUCUGAACUCAUAUUUUUUCCCUGCUCUUCGUUUUACAACCUCUUCCUACACACACACACUGAUGCACUACAAACCUUCCUCUCCUUUUACAAAUGCAUCCUUUCCCUCCUCUCUAUUUUCCUAACUCAUAUUUUUUCCCUGCCCUCCCUUUUACAAGCUCUUCCUAUACACUGACACACUUCUAACCUUGAUUUCAUAACUUAAACGAAUUGUUUGGCAUAUACUUUCCCUGCCCUCCCUUUUACAAGCUCUUCCUACACACCAAUGCACUUUAAACCAUGAUUUCACGACUAAUUCUGAAAAUUCAACGUAUACUUUCCUCACUCGUCCUUUUACAAGCUCUUCCUACACACUGACACACUUCAAACCUUGAUUUCAUAACUUAAACGAAUUAUUUGGCAUAUACUUUCCCUGCCCUCCCUUUACAAGCUCUUCCCAUACACUGUCACAUACAAGCCUUGAUUUCGUAACUUAUACAAAUCAUUUAUCACAAACUUUUCCUUGCUAUUCAGUCUCACACACACAAUUCAAACACCAACACAUACACACUCCUCCCCCUCACUCCCAGAAAGCCACCUGUACAUAGCCCAGCGUGUGUAUAUAUAGGGUACGUAGCUAUUAAGUCUUCACAUAUGCAUACAGAAAUACAUAUAUAUAUAUUUAUUUAAACCAUCCCCCUCUCAGAGUAAGUACCACUGCAUUGGACAGGCUGUACAGUAUCACUCUGCACCAUUACCGAGGUGGGAAGACUGGAGGAGGGAGAGGGAUAGGGAAGAAGGGAAGUUAAGAAUAAGGAUAGGAAUAAGCUUGUGAAAAUGGGGGAGGUCGAGAGGGGGAAGGAUAGGGAAGAAGGGUGGAGAUAAGUUAUGAAUAGGGAUAAGGUAGUAGGGGAGGUUGAAAGGAAAGGGGGUAGGAUAGGGAAGAAGGGUGAAGGAGGUAAUAAGUUAAAAAUAGGGAUAGAAGGAAGCUUGUGGAAAUGGGGAAUGGGUAGUAGGGAAGGCUGGGGGAGGUAGAGAGGGAUAAAGGAAGGGGAAGGCUGGGGAAGGUGGAGAGGGAUACAGGAAAGGGAAGGGUAGGGAAGAAGGAAAGUUAAAAUAGGGAUAGGAGAAAGCUUGUGAAAAUGGGGAAUGGGUAGUAGGGGAGGCUGGGGGAGGUAGAGAGGGAUACAGGAAGGGGAAGGCUGAGGAAGGUGGAGAGGGAUACAGGAAGGGGAAGGGUAGGGAAGGUAAGUUAAAACAGGGAUAGGAGAAAGCUUGUGAAAAUGGGGAAUGGGUAGAAGGGAAGACUGGGGAAAGUAGAGAGGGAUAAAGGAAGGGUAAGGUAGAGAUGAAUACAGGAAGGGGAAGGCUGAGGAAGAAGGUAGAUAGGGAUGAGGGAUGGAGAUUAGCUAUGGAAGGGAUGGAUAUAGGACAGGACAGAGGCAUAGCUAAAUAAGGGGUGGCUAUUGGAAAAUGGGACAGGUAUAGCAAGAAAUGGUGUAAAUACUGGGACAAUAUAAGAGGCAUAGCUGAAAAAGAAUUGGAUAUGGGACAGUAGGAAAUAAUGGAUAAGGGAGAAUAUGACAUGGGGCAGCUACAGAAAAGGUGGAUAUAGGACAGUUGAGGAGAGGCAAUGCAAGACUAUAGGACAAAGGCAAAGCUAGAGAAUGCAGGUUACGGCAUAGGUGAGGCGAGGAGACGAACUUAGGUCUUAGCGGAGUUUAAGAGGGCAGUGAAAAAGCAUGACAGCAGAGUGCAGGGGAGAGGCAUAGCUAUGGGGAAACGUAAGACAAUAGGACAAAGGCAAAGCUAGAGAGUGCAGGUUACGGCAUAGGUGAGGUGAGGAGACGUACUUAGGUCUUAGCGGAGUUUAAGAGGGCAGUGAAAAAGCAUGGUAGUAGAGUGCAGGGGAAAGUGAGUUGAGAAGACAGGGAGAGCAGGUUUAUAAAGGGUAAGCAGGGGAAAAGAAGGUAAAACAAAGCAGAUAAAUUUAAAGGAGGUAGAGAGGGUGAAUUGAGAGUUGAGAAGGCAGGGAGAACAGGCUCGUACAGAAGGUAGAGAGAAGAGUGAGUUGAGACGGCAGGGAGAGCAGGUUCAUAAAAGGUAAGCAGGGGAAAAGAAGGUAAAACAAAGGAGAUAAAUUUAAAGGAGGUAGAGAGGGUGAAUUGAGAGUUGAGAAGGCAAGUAGAACAGGCUCGUACAGAAGGUAGAGAGAGGUACAGAGAAGGGCAGAGAGAAAAGAGAAUAGGUUCAUAGGGGAUACAGGGCAGAGUCAUAGAGAAGAUACAGAGAGGUACAGCAGAGGUUCAUAGGGGAUACAGGGCAGAGUCAGAGAGAAGAUACAGAGAGGUACAGCAGAGGUUCAUAGGGGAUACAGGGCAGAGUCAGAGAGAAGAUACAGAGAGGUACAGCAGAGGUUCAUAGGGGAUACAGGGCAGAGUCAGAGAGAAGAUACAGAGAGGUACAGCAGAGGUUCAUAGGGGAUACAGGGCAGAUUCAUAGGGAAGAUACAGAGAGGUACAGCAGAGGUUCAUAGGGGAUACAGGGCAGAGUCACAGAGAGGUACAGCAGAGGUUCAUAGGGGAUACAGGGCAGAGUCAUAGGGAAGAGACAGAGAGGUACAGCAGAGGUUCAUAGGGGAUACAGGGCAGAGUCAUAGGGAAGAGACAGAGAGGUACAGCAGAGGUUCAUAGGGGAUACAGGGCAGAGUCAUAGAGAAGAGACAGAGAGGUACAGCAGGUUUAAAGAGUUGAAAUUGUAGCCAGAGCAGGUUCAUUGAAAAGGUGGAAAAAAAGGCAGGACAAGGUUAACAGAAAAAAACAAAAGCUGAGAAACCAAAAAAAAAAAAGGAAAACAAGCAGAAUAGGGUCAGGUCAGGGUCAGGUCGUCGUCUCCCACCUCUCUCAUCCCAACCCUCUUUUGUAGAUUCUUCCUAAUACUACAGACUGUGAAUACAUAGAAGGUUAAGGAGUGGUUAAGGUCUUCUAGGUAAGGUUAUUUUUGUCUGUGCCGGUCGAGCAGUGUCUAGCGGCGUCGCGUUUUUCACCCCCGAGAGUGGUAGAGCGAGUUCACUAAGGACCCAUUACGCUUCACCACAUUGGCUACGUCACCCAUCGUAUCGUCACCCACAACAUAUAAGACAGAAGGGGGACAGGCUAAUCCACUACGUAGGACCCAUUACAGAUCCAUUACGCUACACCCUAUUGGUUACAUCACCCAAAACAGAAGGGCGUAGUAUGGGUAAUCCACUAUGUAGGACCCAUUACGCUUCACCCCAAACACAUGGAAGGGCGUAAGGGUAAUCCACUACGUAGGACCCAUUACGCUUCACCCAAAACACAUACAGAAGGGCAUAAGGGUAUUCCACUACGUAGGACCCAUUACGCUUCACCCAAAACACAUACAGAAGGGCGUAAGGGUAUUCCACUAUGUAGGACCCAUUACGCUUCACCCAAAACACAUACAGAAGGGCGUAAGGGUAUUCCACUACGUAGGACCCAUUACGCUUCACCCCAAACAUACAGAAGGGCGUAAGGGUAUUCCACUACGUAGGACCCAUUACGCUUCACCCAAAACACAUACAGAAGGGCGUAAGGGUAUUCCACUACGUAGGACCCAUUACGCUUCACCCCAAACAUACAGAAGGGCGUAAGGGUAUUCCACUACGUAGGACCCAAAACACACAGAAGGGCGUAAGGGUAUUCCACUACGUAGGACCCAUUACGCUUCACCCAAAACACAUAGAAGGGCGUAAGGGUAUUCCACUACGUAGGACCCAUUACGCUUCACCCCACUGAUUACGUCACACCCAUCGUAUUGUCACAGAAACCAUAGCUCAAGACAUAAGGGCGAAAGGCUAAUCCAUUACGUACUCCAUAAUCCAAGAAUUCAUUACGCUUCCACCCACUGAUUACGUAACGCCCAUCAUAUCGUCAUCCGAAUCAUAACUCGAACAGAAGGGUGAAAGGCUAAUCCAUUAUGUAACCCUUAAUCCUAGAACCCAUUACAGACCCAUUACACUUCCACCCAUAGAUUAUGUAACACCCAAACCAUAACACAACAGAAGGGUGACAGGCAAACCCAUUACGGAACCCAUUACAGACCCAUUACACUUCCACCCAUAGAUUACGUAACACCCAAACCAUAACACAACAGAAGGGUGAAAGGCAAACCCAUUACGGAACCCAUUACAGACCCAUUACACAUUCAUCGUAUUGUCAUCUGAAUCAUAACUCAAACAGAAGGGCGAAAGACCAAUCCACUACGUAAUUCAUUAUACGAGAACCCAUUAUGCUUCAUCAUUUUGUAUCGUCACUCAAAACCAUAACAGAAGGGUGAAAGGCUGAUCCACUUCGUAAUUCAUUAUACGAGACCCCAUUACAGACCCAUUACGCUUCAUAAUUUUUGUAACGUCACUCAAAAACCAUACCACAACAGAAGGGUGAAAGGCUAAUUCAUUACGUAAUUCAUGAUCAGAGACUCCAUUACAGAGCCAUUACGCUUCAUCAUUUUGUAAUGUCACGAACCAUACCACAACAGAAGGGCGAAAGACGUAAUUCAUUAUACAAGACCCCAUUACAGACCCAUUACGCUUCAUCAUUUUGUAUCGUCACUCAAACCACACCACAACAGAAGGGUGAAAGACCAAUCCACUACGUAAUUCAUUAUACAAGACCCCAUUACAAACCCAUUACAAAUCAUUUUGUAUCGUCACUCAAACCAUACCACAAGAGAAGGGUGAAAGGCUAAUCUAUUACGUACUCCAUAAUCCGAGAACCCAUUACAGACCCACUGAUUACGUAACACCCAUCAUAUCGUCAUCCGAAUCAUAACUCGAACAGAAGGGUGAAAGGUUGAUCCAUUACGUAAUUCAUAAUCUGAGGCCCCAUUACAGACCCAUUACGCUUCAUCAUUUUGUAACGUCACUCAAACCAUAACACAACAGAAGGGCGGAAGGCUGAUCCAUUACGUACCCCAUAAUCCAAGACCCCAUCACGAUUCACCACUUCAUCAAUUACGUCACACCCAUCAUAUCGUCACUCGAACAUAACUCAGACGAGGGGAAGAGACAAGGAACUAAACACCCAUUACAGAACCCAUACACUUUGUCACCUCAUUGAUAUCGUCACAACCAUCUCGUAUCGUCAAUCGUAACGUAACUCGGACGUAAGGGCAAGAGGCAUGGAACUACGUAAUCCAUAUAUUCACUUUCCGUUUCACUUCCUCGCUCUUGAUUUUCUGCAUCAUUACGUUUGACAUUUAUACGUUUACGCACCACAUACCCCAGCUAUUAUUAUUAUUAUUAUUAUGUAUUAUUAUAAUUAUUAUUACUAUUACGAUUAGCUUGUAUCAUUGUAUUACCUGGAAAACAUGAUCUAUCCACUAUUGGAAAUGGUGAAAGGACACAAGGCAGGGCGAGUUUGUAUCCAUAACCAAUUAUAUUUAUUUCACUACGACAUGCGUACGUGCGUUAGUCCGUUAUCACUGCUAGUCUAGAGGCCCUGGACAGCUCUCAGCCCAGCAUAUGUUGUGUUGUGCCGACCGACAGUCUAUGAGAACCCCAGGGACUUCUGUUACAAGAGGAUUUUCAUGGGUGAUUUUAAUGUUCGUGGGUGCGGAGGGCAUGUGAAAUUAUCCCUAGCAUCACGAAACAGCCCAUGAAAACCCAGGAACUUAUACAAGAGUUUUUUCAUGGGUGAUUUUAACGUUCAUGGGUGCGGAGGGCAUGUCAAACUAUCCCUGACAUCACAAAACGGUCCGUGUAAACCCCAGGAACUUCUACUACGACAGGCUUUUCGUAUGGGCGAGUUGAUGUGUCGGGAUGUUUACGAGUGGAGGCUUCGGUUUAUAGACAGUCAACCUCUUCUAUAGCAAUACCUGGGCACUUUAAUAACCAAUGUCUUAACUGAUCUUAGAAGGUAGUUAUAUAGACCACAGGGAUCAGGUAGAGGAGUGCGGUCAUUGGAGGGUCGCUGAGAAUAGUGUAAGGGUACGUAAGGCUUGUGUGUGUGUGUGUCAUUCGCAGCGAGGUCUGGCUGUUACGAGAGAAGUGUAAGAGUGAGUGAGAAGAGAUAGAGUAGUGCAGUGGUGUUCUUUUGGAGUGUAUAUGAAUAGUGGACUUUCCUGAGCUUAUGUGGAACUUGUGUGUGGAUUUGUAUGUGUGUGUGCGUGUGUGUGAGAGAGAGAUAGGGGUUAAAAAGAGGGAAUAGGGGAAGAAAACAAUGUAUAAAAAGAGGUGGUGAUGAUAAAUGAGAAAUACAAAGACAUAUGAUGAUUGAGAAGGAAGAGAAAGAUGAAAGAAAGGAAGAGAAGAUAAAGGAAGGAAAAGAAGAUGGAAGAUAAAGAGGAGAAUAUGACGGAUGAAAGGAAAGAUGAAGGAAGGAGAAAAUAAAGGAGGUAAAAGAUGAAGAAGAAAAAAACAAAAGAAAUGGUGAUGAAAACAAGACGGACAGACAAACAAACAAACAAUGGAUGGUGAAGGAAGGAAGGAAGGAAGAUGAAGAAGGUAGGAGAUGAAGGAAGGAAGGAAAAAGAUGAAACAGGGAAAAAAGAAUGAAGGUGAACGAAAAGAAGAUGGAAAAAACAGUGAUUGGUGAAGGAAGGAAGGAAGGAAGAUGAAGAAGGUAGAAGAGGAGAUGAAGGAAGGAAGGAAAAAGAUGAAACAGGGAAAAAAGAAUGAAGGAAAAAAGUGAUUGGUGAAGGAAGGAAGGGAGG